GCCUGAUUACAUGAGGAGGGCUGGCCCUCCUACCCGGGAUAGAUGAUUUUGGCUGAGAUCUCCGUAUCAAUAAGAAAUGUAUUAUGAUUUGAGAUUGCGAUUACAUGCAGACAGGGCCAGUCCUGAUAGCCUAGAUCUCGCCUACUAGUGAGAGGGCUGGCCCUGUUAACAGGGCUGAAAAUGUGGUGUUUUCAUCAUGUAAUCGAUUGGGUAGGGCUGGAAAGAGGGCUGGCUUUCUAAAGACAUAACUGCGCAUGCUUGCGCCCGCUUGCAUUUUCAUUUUCAUCAUUCAAAAUGGCAGACGCAAGCAAAGUGAAUAAACCGAGUGGGAAGAAAAAUACUGGUGCUAAAGCAAAAACAACAGCUUUCAAAUGGACGGUUGAAAUGGUAAAUGACAUGCUUGAUUUUUUGCUUGAACACAAAACAGAGAUGGAGUACAAUAAUAUCGAUUUUAAUGCCGACAAUGUUCAACUUUAUGAAGCAAUUCGUUUGAAAAUGGCUAGAAAAUAUUCUGAAGCAGAAGGAAGUAUGUUUGGGCCUACAAGCAAAGUUGAUGGUGAGGAUAUUGAGAAAUACAAAACACGAUGCGAAGAAGAUAAAAAUAAGGUUAAGAAAGGAUAUUCACGUAUUAAGGAAAAGAUUAAGGAACUCAGACAAAAGUUCAGUAAUGCUGUGACACUGGGGACACGAUCUGGAUCUGGGAAGUUGGUUCUAGAGUUCUAUGACCUCAUGGUUGAAAUUUGGGGAGGUGCUCCCGCUACUGAGCCUGUAUCGUUUGGAGUAAUGACUGCAGAAGAAGGGGUUCAACGCCCUGAUGCUGCUGAAUAUGGUGAUCAUACACAGGAGGAAGAAGAAGGCAAUGAUUUUCUUGAAUCCCUGGCUACAAACAUAGAUAGGCCUACCUACCUUUCAACUCCCAGUUCCAAGACAAUUUUUAAAACACCUGGUAAGAAACGAAAGGGAACAGAAGGUGCAGCUCCCUCCCUUAUUGACAAUAAAAGAAAAAACAUGGAACGGCAACUUUCUGCUGCACAGAGGGAUAAAGUUCUUAUGCAAGACAGCAAGGAAGAAAAAGAAUUCAGAAAUAAUUUGGUGAAAGCGAUGCAGGAGUCAAAUGCCCUUUUUGCUGAAUCAAUGAAGGCCACGAGUUCAUCAAUGGUUGCACUGGCCCAAUCAUUGCAGAAAUCAACAGAAAUGAUGUCUCAAGAACAAAUUCCACGUGAAUUUCCAAACCAAUAUCAACACAUGCCUUACGUUUAUCAGAAUGGAAAUUACAUAAAUCACCAGGACAUGGGAAUGAAUGAUCAUGGGAAUGAUGGGUCAACCGCCCAUGAGCAACCAGAAAGAGGAAGAGCAUGAAUCGGAUAUUUAUAUGUUUAAUUAACUGUCUAGCUGGUUACACUCUCAAAUGUUUCCUGAAACUGCAAAAAAAUAAACAUAUUUUGUUGAAAGUCCAUAAGAGUUGAGAUGUAUCAAUUCACUUAGUGUAAGUCCAGGUUUAAAAUUAUCAAUUUAGUAAUUGUCUGGCAAGUUUAUAUCAAGUACUCUACUAAUGUUUCCCUUACUGAUUCUCCUUCACUUGUUGUAUUUGAAUAAACAGGAUCAGGCAAAUUUUUGUAUUUGUCCUCUUCUGGUCUAUUUUGUUGCAUUUGAGAGUUCACAGUUUCCUCAUCAAUGGUAUUUGCAUGUAGCUCACAAAAAUUGUGAAGCACAAAACAUGCAUGCACUACUUUUGGAAUUAUUUGCAGUUGAAGAUCCAUUUUCCUUGUCAAGAUGGACCAUCUGGCUUUUAAACGUCCAAAUGCACACUCAAUGGGAUUGCGAGCACUUCGUAAUAUAUUAUUGAAUAUAACCUCUGCAUUUGUUUUGCAAGUCUGAAACUCUUUCAUGCAAUUUGGGGUGAGGGGGUAGGCCGGAUCUCCAAUCAGGUAAUUAGGGAUUUGAACAUGACCAGGAAUCAGAUGGAUGUAUACUUGAGGCAUUGUACCAUGUUUUAAUUUGUUGUUUACUACAGAGUUCGAAAACACUUUUGCGUCAUGAAUGCUGCCUGGCCAUCUACAAUCUAUGUCCAUGAAAUAGCCUUGUGCAUCACAAACAGCUUGAACAUUCAAUGAAAAAAAAUGUUUGUAAUUAAAAUAGUCUUGAGAAUUCAUAUGAGGUCUUCGGAUUGGUACAUGUGUACCAUCGAUGCAGCCAAAAGCAUGAACCAUUCCAAAUUUUGUUUCAAAUUGUGCUGCCUUUUCUCUCAUUUCAUCGUGUGUUUUAGGUAAUGUUAUAUACUCUGGUGAAAGAUAUUUUGAAAUAGCAUUACAGACCUGAACAAUCAUUUUCGAAACUGUACAUUGAUGGAUACCGAAUGUAUUUGCUGUCAUCCAUAUAGAGUACCGAAGUGUGACGUCAGGUUACCAUGGAGUCACUUUUUACUGGUUCUAAACAAACGUCCGCUUGAACCAACAUGGCGGCCAUUACGAUAAGUGCUCUCACGGCUUUCUUCUCGGACGAGCCGAAAUCAAUCCAACGAGGUGAAAAUCACUUCAGAUCCGACCAUGUUGAAUCUUUUUAUUAUUCUGAUGGAGUAAUUCGAGGAUCAGUGCACGCUAGUAUGAAGAACAAGUCCUAUAAAGUCACGGUAAGCGAAUAUAAUGUAUCUUAUUACCCUAGCUCCUAACAUUAUAUUUUGUAGUAGGCCUAACGAUUAUUCAUGAUUAUUCUUUAAGUUUAUCAUUCUUCUUCCCUUUUCAUCUUAGAAUUCCAAGUUAAAUUCUGGUCUCUUCUUUAAAUUUAGGUAUUCCUCCGUAAUGAUGAAAUAAUAUCAUC